ACAACCCGGGAGCUCACUUUGAGCGGCGGGCACGAGCUGUCUCCACUCUAGUCAUUAUACCACGUUUACCUAGCAUUUUUUUUGGUGUAUUUAUCUACAACUUAGAGCCUCCAAGCACGCUGACUUGCUAACUCCGGAGUGAACGUCUGUUGGACAUUUUACGGACACUUCCACAAAGCUGGUUCGAAUCGGGAGUGACCAAAAAGUUUGGGGGUGCUGUCACAAGUAACUGUCUGUUUUUAAGGAAUGCCUGUGAUCAGCACUGUGUCUGCGGACAGGUAACCAGGAGCGUAGCUGCAGCCAUGGCGAGGCUGGCUCGAUGGCUUAGUCCUCCUUUCUCUGUGGUCAUUGCCCUAGUUUUGAUGUUCAUCGUGCAGGCGUCUUCUGUGGAAGAGCAUGAGUGGCACUUUGAUGCAGCCGCUCAAUGCCGCUAUGCCCUGGGGAUGGAGGAUGGCAGCAUCCUAGACUCUGACAUCACCGCCUCCAGCGCCUGGUCAGACUCCACUGAGGCCAAACACGCGAGGUUGAGCACCGGAGAAGGAGACGGAGCUUGGUGCCCCAAAGGCCCCGUCUUCCCUGGCGGAUCAGAAUACCUUCAGGUGGACCUGCGCAAACUUCACUUCCUAGCCCUGGUGGGCACCCAAGGUCGCCACGCCGACGGGCACGGCCAGGAAUUCGUCCGUAGUUAUCGCCUCCGCUACUCCCGAGACGGCGUGAAAUGGAUCACUUGGAAGGACCGCUGGGGUCAGGAAGUUGUGUCUGGGAACGACAACACCUACGAUAUUGUUCUAAAGGACCUGGGACCCCCAAUCGUAGCCCGCAUGGUUCGCUUCUACCCUUUGGCCGACAGGGUUAUGAGCGUCUGCCUUCGAGUUGAACUCUACGGCUGUAUAUGGAAAGAUGGCUUAUCGGCUUAUGUGGCUCCAGUGGGUCACGUCAUGAAUCUGUCAGGCCUGCCCGUCUACCUCAACGACUCCACCUAUGACGGCACCACAGAGCAAGGCAUGCAGUUCAGUGGCUUGGGUCAGCUGUGUGAUGGCGUCCUUGGAGGAGACGACUUCAUGGAGAGCCAGGAACUUCGGGUGUGGCCCGGCUACGACUACUUGGGCUGGAAUAGAGACGUUCUCGGCAAACCCAGUGUGGAAAUAGAGUUCCACUUUGAGAAGCCUCGCAUCCUUCAUGUCAUGCAGGUGCACAGCAACAACCGUCACACUCAGGGUGUGAGGGUGUUCAACAAGGUGGAGUGCGUGUUCAAGCCGGGCCUCAUGCGGCCAUGGUCGUCCCCGCCACUCGCCCUACCCGUGCCUUUGGACGACCUGAAGGACCCUUCCGCACGGACCCUCUCGCUGUCCUUGAAUGGCCACGAGGCUCACUUGCUGCGCUGCAACUUUUACUUCACCGACAGAUGGCUGCUCCUCAGCGAGAUAUCCUUCAUCUCUGAUGCUUUAAAAAAGGACGUUACACAGGAAAUUGGUCCCAAGACCCCCACCACUAGCUUCCCUCCUUCCCUCAAUCACACCUCUCCGUCCCUGAGCCGUGGCACUGGCAACACCACCGCCAUCGCUUCUGCACCUCCUCCCACCGCCAGCUCCGCCUUCAUGAUGGACAGCACUGCUAAUUGGACGUUGUCAGGUUCCGGCUUCACCGCUGUCUCACCGAGGGCGGGGCUUCCGGUUGCUAAGGACGACAGCAGCAAUACAGCCAUUCUGAUUGGCUGCCUGGUGGGCAUCAUUUUAUUGCUGCUGGCGGUUAUUGCCGUCAUUCUGUGGAGACAGUAUUGGAAGAAACUACUGGGAAAGGCUCAAGGUGGCCUGUCAGGCGACGAACUGCGUGUUCACCUGUCUGUUCCGUCGGACAACGUUGUCAUCAACAACACGCACAGCUACUCCAGCCGCUACCAGCGCAUACACACCUUCCCCGAUGACCCCGAGCGGGAGGGCGAAAGCGAAUACCAGGAACCCAGCGCCCUGCUGCACCCGAGGGACCAUCGAGACAGCACGGCCUUGCUGUUAAACAACCCGGCCUAUCACCUGCUCCUGUCAGAUCACAGGAAAGGCUCCAGGCCCAGCACCUGUCAGGCUCAGGAAAAGAGUCUCAAUGUGCCCUAUGCGUGCAGCGCUGAGCCGUCCCCGGAGAAGGGCUUCCCCCCGAUGCAAGACGAGCCUCCGCCCUAUCCGGGCUCGCCACCGUACCCGGCCCUGUCACCGCCCGUGUCUCCGCCGCUGCCCCCCAGCGUGCCGCACUACGCUGAAGCCGACAUCGUCAGUCUGCAGGGCGUCAGCGGAAACAACACGUACGCCGUGCCCGCCCUGGCCUCUUCCAGCCCGGGCGCCGAUGCCGGACCCAUGCCCGAACUUCCGCGACAGUGUCUCAUCUUCAAGGAGAAGCUCGGGGAGGGACAGUUUGGAGAGGUGCACCUGUGUGAAAUCGAGAACCCGCAGGACCUUCCAAACUUGGAGUUCCCCUUCAACGUAAGGAAAGGUCGCCCUCUACUGGUGGCUGUCAAGAUCCUGCGACCUGACGCCUCCAAAAAUGCCAGGAACGACUUCCUUAAGGAAGUAAAGAUCCUGUCCCGCCUGAAAGACCCCAACAUCAUCCGUCUACUGGGUGUGUGCGUGAGCAGCGACCCCCUCUGCAUGGUCACAGAGUACAUGGAGUGCGGGGACCUCAACCAGUAUUUGUCCCACCGGGUACUACUGGACAAAAGCGGGCCUUCGCACACCACGCCUACCAUCAGCUACCCGGCUCUCAUCUCCAUGGCUGGCCAGAUCGCGUCAGGAAUGAAGUUCCUGUCCUUGCUCAACUUUGUGCACCGCGACUUGGCCACGCGCAACUGCCUGGUGGGUGGCGAAAGAGGCGACGGUGCCGAUGACCCCGGUGGGGAGCGACACAUCAAGAUCGCAGACUUUGGCAUGAGCCGCAAUCUGUAUGCUGGAGACUACUACAGGAUCCAAGGCCGGGCUGUGCUGCCCAUACGAUGGAUGGCCUGGGAGUGCAUCCUCAUGGGCAAGUUCACUACGGCGAGCGACGUGUGGGCGUUCGGCGUGACGCUGUGGGAGAUGCUGAGCGUGUGCCAGGAGCAGCCGUACUCCAACCUGACGGACGAGCAAGUCAUCGACAACGCCGGAGAGUUCUUCAGAGACCACGGACGACAGGUGUAUUUGGGCAAGCCCGCCGUGUGCCCUCAGGGUCUCUACGAGCUCAUGUUAAGCUGCUGGAACCGCGACUGCAAACUGCGACCGUCUUUCGGCCACAUUCACGCCUUCCUCACCGAGGACGCCAUGAACAUGGUGUGACGACGUGUCGCUUUCGAUGACCUUUUGUACUUUUUGGGUGGACGGGGGCCGCUGGAGACGCUGCUGGUUCAGUUUAUUCCCACACCCCCAAAAACCACAGUAACCGAGCUUGUCAUAGUGUAGAUUUGAGGCUGAGCUACAUUGUGUAGCAUCGUGGUGGUGGUGGUGGGUGCAUUCUGCAUUAGGAGCCUUUUCUUCUUUUUUCACAAGGACAGGAAGUGAGGUGACGGGAAGUCGGCGUUUCAACUUUACGAAGCUUCGGCGGUGCUUCUUCACGUUUAGCUGCUUAGGCUUAAGCCCAGCAAUGGCUAGCUUGGCUAACACUGUUAGCUUGACCGGUAAGUCAGUGGCUACGUUUAGAUGGACACAUUUAUUUGGAUUAAAAGACUGAUCAGAAUAAAAAUGCUUCAUAUAUAUAUACACGCUGUUCAAAAUAUUCUGACUUGAUCGUGCCCAAGAUUUUAUUCCGAACAAGGAGGGUUUAUGUCUAUUUAUAAUCAGAUCAGCACGUAUGAAAACACGUACUCCAAAAUUUCGGAACCAAAUGUCUUUACCGCAUGUGUCUGCGACGUCAUAUGCGUGUUUCUGCUAUUCUCGGAAGCUAGUAAAGCAGAACGAAGACUCAUACUGGUCUGUAUCCCAGACCAACACGUUGCUGGAGGUAUUUAAAAGAUUUUUAAAUUGUUGAAAGACGUGAUGGUAGAGAAAUGAGAAAAGUAUACGAAAUAACACUAAUGUUAGGGUGACCAUAUUUUGAUUUCCAAAAAAGAGGACACUUGGCCCGGCCUCGAGAUACUUGAAUUUUACUCAAAGUUCACUCAAAGGUGCCUAUAUCACUUUGAUAUAUUUAAAAUGUGCCUCCUCCGUCUGGAUAUAAAAGUUCAGUUUUAUAAACAAAAAUAUUGACAUAUAGUAUUUAACCAAAGAACAAUUCAAAUUCUCAGAGGUUACUCAACAGGCUUUAUUCUUCCUGAAAAAAUAAACAAUAAAAAUGUAAAAAAUUAAUGAUAAAAAAUAAUAUAAUGCAGACCCAUGGAAAUAUACUCCAGUCAAUACACACACAAUAGGCUACAUGCCAACUAAACAUUUUUAUAAAUUACUGUCACGACAAUUGUCAUUGACAAAUUGUUAUUCUCAUUCAAUGUUCUAGAUUGUCAAUACAUUUCGGUUAUUGUUUGCGUGCAAACUAUUCAACCAGCACGUUCCCAAACAGAGCAGUUCCAAACUACAUUCCCCAUAAUGCCUAGCUAGGCUUAGCUCACUGAUAGCUACCCUAUUAGCGAGCACCGGUAGCCGAGGCAAAAUCAAACAUUGCUAUAAAUGUUAACAAUCAUCGGCAAACGGGAUUUUACAAAUCACGCCUGUACAAAGUUCCGACAGAAGUCAGCAGUUGCCAAAAAAGUAAGUUUAGCAAGUGUACCUGUAGCCUGUGAGCUCCUGUUGUGACGAUGGUUUGUUUUUGAAUGAGAAUUGACAGUUAACGCCAUGAUAAAGCCAGUCUGUGACUGCGCAAAUUUGUAUCCAAAGUAGAAUAAAGGUAUUUUCGACUGAAUUACUCUUUUGGGUACAGUGGUAUGAAAAAGUAUCUGAACCUUUUGGAAUUUCUCACAUUUCUGCAUAAAAUCACCAUCAAAUGUUGCCCGGUCUUUGUCAAAAUCACACUGAUGAAACAACUGUCUGCUUUAACUAAAACUACCCAUGCAUUUAUACGUUUUCAUAUUCUAAUGAGGAUGUAAGUGAACCAUCACAUUUAACUGACUUUUAUAGUUUUGUAUCCUUUCCCAGCUUUAUACAAAUCAGCAAUCCUUGAACGCAGGUCUUCAGACAGCUCUUUUGUCAGAGCCGUGAUCAGUGUUGUUAAUAACGGCAUUAGAAUAUAACUGCGUUUUCUUUAGUAGUGAGUAAUCUAAUUAAUUUUCUCAUCUUGGCAACGUCGUUACCAUUACCGAGGAGGGAAAGGCGUGCGUUACGAUGUUGGUUGACUGACCCGAGAAAAGUCUGAAAAAGACUGACUCACGGAGACAAGAGAGCAGAGCAGGAGUGGGGAGGAGGCAAGGGAGUGUGACGCCGUUGCAAACGCGAUGCUACUAUGCUAGGUGGCUCCAAUAAUACCUGACUGUAGCUGAUAGCCAACAAACUACGCCCACAUGAUGCUUCGGUAGAUAUCACAUAUAUACAGAACUAGAUGCAAAUGACAGACACGGCGGCAUUAGCAACAUAUAUAAUAAAGAACUAAAUGCGUUAGUAAACAGCCGCCAUCUUAAAGCAGUAGACUUUUCAGCAAGGCUCUGUUGUGGAGAACCUUCCUUGCGAACUUAAGUAACUUUUAUCUAAAAUGCUUCUAAAUCGGCAAAACUUAACUUAAAUCUAUCUUUAAAUGAUGAAACAGUUUUAAAACUUAAACAUGUCGAAAAUAGACAGAAGGGAACUAAUGCAAUAACAGGAGCAAUUUUAUCAACUUUAACGGUUGAUUCACAACAUUAAAUGACUUCCACACAUAGCAAAGGUUACUAUCUAGUUAUCGUAAUAUCCCUGUGUCUAGUUAAGUUUAGGGUAAAGAAUUGGGCUAGGGCCAAUUGUCCCAAAAAACCUUUAAACUUAAUAUUGUGUGACCUGUUUUUUUUUUUUUCUGAGAAAAAAAAAACAUGACAAUUAUCACCAGUUACUUUGCCAAGUAACUAAUUAUUCUUACAUUCAGGUAACUGAAUUACUAACGCAAUUGCUAAAUGGGAGAAGCAAUUUUUAGCUGUAGUUAAUUACUUUUUAAAGUAAGAUUAACAACACUGGCCGUGAUGCACAUCAUACAAUGCUUCUCAUCAAGACACUUCUUACCAGGUGUGUGUUUGAUAGUGGGCAGGGCAGCUUUAAACCACUCAUCAGUGAUAAGGCUCACACCCGACUUAAAUUAAUUGGUAAAAAUGGGUUUCAAUUGCUCUUUUAGUCACCUUAGGCAGAGGGUUCACUUACUUACCCCCCCCACACCACCACCUUCUGUCAUUGUUUGCAUGCUAUCCUCAUUAAAAUAUGAAAACCUAUACUACGUUUGGUGGUUUUAGUUAAAGCAGACAGUUUUUACACCUGUGUGAUUUUGACAAAGAUCAGAUCACAUUUGGUAAAUUUAUGCAGGAAUGUGAGAAAUUCGUAAAGGUUGAUACUUUUUCAUACCACUGUACGUGAGCAUUAGAUUAUAUAUGUACUGAUCGUAAAAAAACUGGGAACACGCCACAGACAGCACAGUACCGUAUAUUCUGUGCAAAAUGUCGGUCAAUUUCGACACACGUUAAUUGGUCCCGUGAAAAAUAAUGAAAACCGGACAUUUUCAUGAAUUUAUAAAACCCGUCCGGACAGGGCGGGAAAAGUGGACAUAUCCGUGCAAAAGAGGACGUAUGGUCACCCUAACGUUUAAGUAGAAAUUGAUGAAACAAUGUUUUGUUGACACAAGUCGCAACAGCUGCUUCUUCUGUUUCCAAUACAUUUGGUCAAUCUGCGCAUGUCAGAGUAAUUUAUUCCAACCAAAAGUGUGCUGCAUGAACACUGAAGUCCUAAUCAAAUGAACAUUUUAAGUGUCCAUGAUAACAGUGCAUCCGAUUAAAACUGAUCAGAUUUAAGAAAUUUUGUCCAUGAAAACGUAGCCAGUUUGUCAUGUAAAAGAAAUGACUUAAAUUACUCAAUGGUCAGUUUUUCAUGCCCAGAAUUCAUUUAGGCUAGCACUGCUAGCUUGACAAGUUUCCCAUGUCAAAUAAAUGGCUAAAAUUCCUCAGCCUCCUGCACUUUAACUCGCUCCACGUUCGAUGUGGGAGCUGAUAGGAUGCAGUUCAAAUGGAUUAGACAUCAAUCACCGUCAAUGGCACUGCCCCAAAGCAUCACCGAAUGUACUUCUUGUUUACCGAUCGCAAAAAUGGCGGUGGUGCCGUUAGUCCUUUUUUGAUACACUGUAGUUCAACUAAACUUGUAUUUUUAUAGUACGUGCUUUGUUUAGUUUGUACAUAUUAUAAAUACAAAUCUUGUAUUUUCUGUACUAAUAUGGAAACCUCUCCUUUUGGAGGCUUCUGUAUUUCUGUAGAAACGCUUGCUACCUUGAUGCUGUUGUCAUCCAUUGUGCUGGUUAUUUUUGUAGAUGUUUUAAUAAAAUUUAACUGCUUAAAAAAAUUUAAAAAAAAACACAAAAAAAUGGAAUCGUAACUUUAUUUGUAGAAUUUCCUCUGAAUACAGAUAAAUGCUCAACAUUUAACACUACACAUGCUGAAAACAAGCACACGUAAAGACAUUUAAAAAGGGUUACAAUGAAAAGAGGCAUCCGUAGUGGCAGCAUUAUGGCUUGGUUGGGUUGCGGAGUUUUGAUUGGUGGAAAUUUACCGCUGCUUUGCAACCCAAGUCAAACAUGAAAUUUCUUCCCUGAACGCACGAGCUCUGAGGUUUGAUAAGGAGUUGAAGCUAGCAGGCACUUGGCGGCGUGACGCAUGCAUCCAGCUUUGGGUUGUUAGUAAAGUGAUAAAAAUGUACAGAAAAAACAAACUACAUCAUCAUAAAUGUGGACGAUUAGUCUUGAAACCAGCGCGCCUCGGUUAGUAACAUUGAUAUCCAUUAACUAUUCAGAACACUUCCUUUUGCUUUUCGUAGGUAAAACAUAUGCACCUUCUCGUGCCCAGUAACCACUUCCUUUUACGUGACCUCUAAAUUAACUCAUAGGCUGCUAUUGAUGGCGGUCACAAUGGAUUGGACUAAAGCGCCAUCAAUGGCAUGAAAACUAGCAUUCACAGCGAGCCAGUGUAAAUGAAUGGGACGUCUAGUGUUCAUAGUUAAAUCCUUCAAUUGUAGCGGGGAUUUAUUAAAGAGGAUUUAGGCCACACUGAAAAGGGGGUGAAUAGUUUAAAUACAUUCGUUUCUACCAUUUUUAGCGUUUCUUACGACAGGAAAAAAGUAUUGAUUGUGUGGGUUCCAAUUAUGUAAUCUUUUGGGACUACAUUUAUAAUUUAAAAAAAAAAAAAUUCACCAUCAAAAGGUACAUGUUAAAUUUCAAAGGGGUAAAAAAAAAAAAAAAAAAAAAUCAUUCGUUAAAGCACAUAAUGUUAUAAGGAAACUUAAAAUAGUGGGAAAAU